GCCCACAUGGAGCAGCAUCCAGGAGAGCUCCCCCCAAUUGGCAAGCUAGUGAGGACUCUGAACAAGAUCGUGCAGCACGAGAAAUCGUAUAUGACAUAUCUGCAGCCUUCUUUGUUACGAGACGGGACCAUGAGGCCGACUAUAAGGGGGAUGAAGGACGAGUGGGUGCUCUACCGGUUUAUGCUGCUGCCCACUUGGGACACUCUUUCCGUUGGAGACGUGGUGGGGUUUCAUGUCGACCCCACACGUGUUUCUGCUGCAUUUGCUUCUGCUUCUCCUGCUCCUGCUGCCCCUGCUUCUCCUGCUGCCUCUGUUUCUCCUGCUUCUGCUUUUCCUGCUGCCUCUGCCUCUGCUUCUGAAGCUGCGUCCCCUGCUUCUGCUUCUGCUGCUUCUCGUGCUGCUGCGGGCAAUGAACCAGCCAGUUUUGACCCAGAAUCCACUGCCAAGGCGAAAGCAGCCAAGGCGAAAGCAGCCCCCAGUGUCGAGUCAACUCAAAAAGCCAACACAGAAGGUUCCGACUCAAAACAUUCCGACUCAGAAGCCACUGCCAAGGCGAAGGCAGCACGCAGUUCAUUUCCGGUUAUCUUUCGGCGAGUCGCAGCCGUUCCUGGAGACGAGAUGUUGUCAUCUCAACCGUCAGAUGAGCCGUUUCGGAUAGAGAAGGACCAUUUCUGGGUUCUUGCAGACAACCCGGCUGUUCCUGUGAAGGAGGCCUUAGACAGCCGGACGCUCGGGCCUGUGCACGUGAGGGACAUGGUGGGGAGAGCUCUGUAUGUGGUGCGCUCAGCACUGGACCAUGAACCCAUACACAACAGUGAUGAAGCUACGAGACCUUCUGGGUGGCUUGUUGAGCAUCGUCGGGACACGUUCCUCUCCAACCAGCAGCAUCUCCUUCACAUCUUCCCUUACUGGUUGCAAGGCGAUCUUCCACCUACAGUCAGGCUGUUCUACACUGCUUCAAACCUCGUCGCUCUAAAGUAA